UUGUAAAUUAAAUGCAAAUGUAAUUUAGUUUGCCAACAUACAAAGUUAUUUUAUGAAAUAAAUAUAUAAAAAUCGUGUUUUAAUAUAACUUAUAAAACAUGAUUCAUAGUUUAUUCAUUAUAAACCCAUCUGGGGAUGUUUUUCUUGAAAAACACUGGAGAAGCGUUAUACCUCGAUCUGUUUGUGAUUAUUAUCUUGAAGCGCAGAGAGCCUCACCAAAUGAUGUCCCACCAGUUUUAGCAGCUCCUCACCAUUAUUUAAUAUCAAUUCAAAGAGGUGGGGUAGCACUUGUAGCUGUGAGUAAGCAAGAGGUUGCACCGCUUUUUGUUAUUGAAUUCUUACACAGGGUAGUUGAUACAUUUCAGGAUUAUUUCUCAGAUUGUACGGAGACUAUUAUAAAAGAGAAUUAUGUUGUUGUGUAUGAGUUGUUGGAUGAAAUGUUAGACAAUGGAUUCCCCCUAGCGACUGAGAGUAAUAUAUUAAAAGAACUCAUUAAACCACCAAACAUACUCCGAACAAUUGCUAAUACUGUUACUGGUAAAUCAAAUGUGUCCUCAAUAUUGCCAUCUGGUCAGCUCUCAAAUGUACCAUGGCGUAGAUCCGGUGUCAAAUAUGCUAAUAAUGAAGCAUAUUUUGAUGUUGUGGAGGAAGUUGAUGCUAUUAUUGAUAAAAGUGGAGCUACUGUUUCUGCUGAAAUACAAGGAUAUGUUGAUUGUUGUAUUAAGUUGAGUGGAAUGCCAGAUCUAACUUUAACAUUUGUGAAUCCAAGACUAUUUGAUGAUGUAUCAUUCCAUCCUUGUGUUAGAUUUAAGAGAUGGGAGUCUGAAAGAAUCCUUUCUUUCAUACCACCGGACGGUAACUUUAGAUUAAUGUCGUAUCACGUAGGCUCACAAAGUGUGGUGGCUAUACCAAUAUAUGUCAGACACAAUCUUGUACUAAAAUCCAAUGGAGAUCAGGGAAGACUUGACUUGACAGUUGGACCGAAGCAAACAAUGGGACGGACCUUAGAAAAUGUAUCACUUGAAAUCUGUAUGCCGAAAUGUGUGUUGAAUUGUUCCCUGACCGCCAAUCAAGGAAAGUAUUCCUAUGACCCCGUCAGUAAAAUUUUGAUAUGGGAAAUCGGACGUGUGGAACUGCCAAAAUUGCCUAAUAUUAGGGGAACGGUAUCGGUUGUUUCUGGAGCAGACACAACAGGUGCAAAUCCAAGUAUCAAUGUACACUUGACGAUACCGGCGUUCGCUGUAAGCGGCUUGCGUGUGAGUCGUCUAGAUAUGUAUGGAGCUAAAUAUAAGCCAUUUAAGGGUGUAAAGUACGUCACUAAAGCGGGAAAAUUCCAUAUACGUAUGUGAUGUAAAUAGUUUUCUUAGAUUUAUAAGCCUAACGUUGUAUUCAAAUUUAAUUCAUACAUUAACGUCAUUAAAAUUGUGAAACACCAGUACUAAAAAUAUAUUGUGUUUUCUCGUGUUAAUUGACUGACUUCAGAAGAAUGUUCUUGAUAAACAUUCUAGAUUAAAAUUAGUCGAGUCUCAAAAGUGCUGGAAGUCUUAACAUUUACACUAUAAAAACCGUUCUGUAAAGUACUUUAAAUAACGUAGGAAAUUAAUGCAAUAAUUAUUAUUUUUUACUUGAACACUUGACUGAAUUUUUAUUUAAUUUUCAACAGAAUUGAGACAUUGCUUUUAUACUUUUCUGCUGCUAUUUCAAUAUUGUAAUGAGAUCUGAUUAGCUUAAAUUUUUUUUACACGAUUUAAAAAGGGACAUUAGUACUAAGCAUUUUCUGUUAAGUAAAACAGUAUUGGGGUUAAGAAAUCUUUUUCCAAAAGUCGAAUCGGAAAUCAUGACUAAUAAAUAUGCAAAUUAAUGAUCCCUUCAUUAGUGAAGAUAACCUUACGCCUAGAAAAAAAUACGAAACAGUGGCACGACUUGGUGUCUAGUACAUUAAGCCUCUUACUAACUAACUCCUUAGCAUAAAGAAUUUGUGUAGUAAACUUUACAAAUUUCGUAAAACACUAGCUUCCCCUGCGAACUUCGUUUCGCAUUUAUAUGAUUUUUUGCCCAGCCUACUUUUUGAGUAGCUACAUACUCAUGGAACAUUUUUCUGUGAUACCCCAUUGAGACUGAUCGCUUUUCCAAAAUAAUUUUUUUUUAUUUUUCUCUCCAUUAAAACCUUCAGAGUUCAAGCAAGAAAUUUAAAAAAAAUACUCGAAUUAGUCCGGCCUCGGGUUUUGAACGUAUUUUAUGAUUCAUUUUUAGAUAUACAAUCAAAAUCUGUUACAACGACAUGAAAGGGACUACUCAUAUUUGCUCGUAAAAACAGCCGAUGACACUUUUAUCCGCCGGGACCUUUGAUUUUGGUCAAUAUAACCGGUAUGUUGUUAAAUCGAUGUCGUCGUAAACGGUUUUGACUGUAUAUAUAUUUGAAUAGAGAUACUUAAUGAAAUAGGCAAUCAGGCUCCUCAAUAGUUCAGUUUUAAUUUCAUUAGUUAAUAAUAUUAGUGUAGAAUUCAGGGUCUUCCAUACAUUGGGCCCGUGCAAUUUGUUAUCAUUUUAUUCAAUUACUGUGUAAAUGUUAUUAUAAAACUUAUGAUAGUGAGUUUUAGAAGAAUACUUGAUAAGGAUGGUCUAAUGCAUUUAAAAAAAUGUAUAUACUUUGCACUAAGUGGUGGCGUAAGAAAUGUUAUGUUCAUUUAGUAUAUAGUUCAUAUUUAAAGUGGAUUGAAGUAAUGACCAUCGUUCUUUAAUUAUUGACGAUUGUUUUAAUAUUAGUAAUAAAUAUAAAUUACCGUUAGAUAUAUAGAAAAUUCCCUUUUAUUGAUUCAAGUUGAAUGUAUAAACAUUUAGGCUAUAUAUCUUAUGUUGAAUAUAUUUUUUUUCAUAUAA